GGUAGCAAUCCACAGUCAUCACAGCUCAAGUGUGCUUCCCCCAAACACUUCAAUUCUCUUAAAAAAAAAUGGACAUUCGCCAUGGAUGCUUCUUCAACUUCUUGAAAAGCUCCAAGCCAUACUUAUUCAUGAUAUCACUACAAUUCGGGUAUGCCGGAAUGAAUAUCAUAACUAAGGUUUCCCUAAACCACGGUAUGAGUCACUAUGUUCUUGUUGUUUAUCGUCAUGCCAUUGCAACCGCUGUCAUCGCCCCUUUCGCCAUCUUCCUUGAAAGGAAAGGAAGGCCAAAGAUCACAUUCAAGACUUUCUCCCAAAUCUUUAUUCUUGGACUACUUGGGCCUGUGAUCGAUCAAAAUUUCUACUAUGCGGGUCUCAAGUAUACAUCUCCAACUUUCGCUUGUGCGAUGAGCAACAUGCUCCCCGCCAUGACGUUUAUUUUGGCGGUUAUUUUCAGGAUGGAGAAAAUAAGCUUAAAGAAGAUGAUAUACCAAGUAAAGGUGGCAGGAACAGCUGUAACAGUGGCUGGGGCUAUGUUAAUGACCUUAUACAAAGGCCCCAUUGUGGAAUUGUUCUGGUCCAAACAUGCCCAUGGAAAUGGCAGUGGAAGUGAAGCAGGAACAUCAAAUGAUAAAGACUGGCUUAAGGGUUCCAUUCUUCUAAUCAUUGCCACCUUUGCUUGGGCUUCCCUUUUCAUCCUUCAGAAGGCAGCUUUGAAGACAUAUGAGAUACAUCAACUUACACUAACAACUUUAGUAUGCUUCAUGGGCACACUUCAGGCUAUUGCUGUCACCUUUGUUAUGGAGCACAAAAUCUCUGUUUGGUCAAUUGGAUGGGACAUGAACCUUCUUGCUGCUGUCUAUGCGGGUGUUGUGUCAUCGAGCAUCUCCUACUAUGUACAAGGGCUAGUGAUGAAAGAAAAAGGACCAGUUUUUGCAACUGCUUUCAGCCCUCUAAUGAUGAUUGUUGUAGCUAUCAUGGGUUCACUCAUCUUGGCUGAAAAGAUUUACCUUGGAGGUGUGGUUGGGUCAAUUUUGAUUGUUAUUGGACUGUAUGCUGUGUUGUGGGGAAAGUACAAGGAAGGAAAAGAAUCCAAAGAAGUUCAGAAAACAACAGGAAACAUUCUUGGCUGCCAUGAGACAAAGGUAGUAGACAUUGAAGAAGGUGGAAAUGGAGCACUUGAAUUGCAGAAAGAAGAUGUUGAUAAGAAACAGAAGCUUCCCUCAUGAUUCAACCAAGAGGUUUAAUUUCUCUCAUGUUUCAAAAAAAAUGUAUGUUGUCUAGUAAAAGAAAAGGAAAAAAACCUUUUUCUUUGUGUUUGUUUUGUGUACUUCACUCAUUGUACCUUGUUUCUUUUCUGUUUGUAUAAAUUAUCAUAAAGAUAUGUUAUGAGGAUCAAUGAGAGGUACAAGUAUUAUGAGAAUAAUUAACA